GCUUUGUAAAAAUGUAUAUAAUUUGUAUAGUGUUAUUCGUACUUCUAAAUAUACCUGCUCUUUUUUCCAUCAAAAUUAAAACGGCCUCUACCCGGCCCAAUUAGUGCAAAGCUUCGCUUCCCAAAACAGCCACCAACACGGCACACACGUGGUCCGUGCACCCCGCGUCGCCUCCCUACGGCUGAAGCAACCACCUCACGUGGCGACCGACUAACUCACCGGCCGCAUCGCCAAACAACACCAGCAACUUUAGCUUGACAACCACGAAUCCCGCGCGAGCUGGCUUUGGUCGCAAGGCUUCCUCCCACACUCGCUUCUGCCGCCGCGCCGUUCAUGCCACUGCCAAUUUACCCUCCAUCGGCGUUUCUUUCUUGAUCCGCCCCUCUCCCGCAAUCUAUAUAGAUCUGGAGAGAGGGGCCUUUUGGUGUCAUUCAACUACUUACACUCGUUCCUUUUCCACCACAGCGUUAGUCGCCUCUUGUUUGUCCGCAGUAAUCUUGGCUGUGGAAUGGCGCUAGUCUAACUCAUAUGUAGACCGAGACUGGCGACUGAUUCAUUGCCAACGCGCCGCCUCGUCACCUGCUGCUCACACCGAUCGCGAUCAGAUAGUCGCCCCAGCCAGCCCAAGUCGAGUCGUCGCGGGUCGUCGCUCACUUGACUGUGCAUCUCCAAUCGCUGUUGCUCUCAAAGCAUAACAGUCUACCACUUUAGAAUCAGCGGCCAUGUCCGGGCACGCAUCUCGACCGGGCCAAGAUGAGCCGCGCUGCUACAACUGCGGUGGCUCAGGCCACUGGGCUGUCGCUUGUCCAGAACCGACGAGGGAAACCCCAGCCGGCCUCUCCUGGAGAGAUGGUGGCAAACAGAAACAGCAACAAGGCGGACAGCGAAACCAAAACAACGGAGGCCGAAAAGCAAAGGGUCCCAUCAUCACGAAAUACGCACCGCCGACGCCCGCGUAUAAUGGAUACUAUCCUCCUCCUCCCGGCUACCCUCCUGCCCCCGGAUCAUAUUCAGCGCCACCGGGCACAUCCCAUCAACAGUCAUACCCUCCGCACUACGGUCCGCCAGGCACUCACCAACCGCCGCCGCCUCCUCCUCCUCCCGGCGCAAACUAUUCCCAACCUUCAUAUCCCCCUCAGUCAUACCACCCGCCGACCCAGUAUGCUCCGCCGCCACCACCGCCGCCAGGACCUCCUUCAUACGGACCACCACCAGGCCACGGCUUGCCUCCGCCGCCGCCGCCAGCUCACUUUGGCAAUAGCUACAACCAGCAUUCCCAGGGCGGCCGUGACAACCGAAAUCACAAUCAGCACAAGGACCGACGAAAUUCUCAGAACAACAACAGGGAUAAUCGAAACCACGGGUCCCCGAAUAACCGGACUGCGUCGUUUUCGAAACCGGCCCAUAGCCCGCCGCCGAACGGAAACAACAAGAGAUCCCACGGUUCGCCUCAAGCCGCCAAGAAUGCGCCGAAGCAAUCGCCGUCUAGCGUAAAAGCAAGCCCAAGCACACUUCCAAUGGGCAUUGCAUCGUUGCCGCCUAAGCCGACAAAUGCGCUGCCGCCUAAGCCGCCGAAGAGUAUACACGAUGUUGCCGAUCCUCAUCGCCUGGAUAAGAACCCCAAUGCCAACGCCUCGAAUCAUCCAAACAAUAAUAAUAACAAUAACGGUCCGAAUAAUCAAAAGAAUAAUAAGAACAACCGGAAUAAGGAUAACCGAAACCGAAAUAACAACAAUAACCAAGGCAGUCGGAACAACUCCCAGUCACAGCAAGGCGGACAGGGUGGACGCAACAACUCUCAGUCUCAACAAGGUGGGCGUAACAACUCUCAGUCCCAACAGGGCGGCAGAAACAACUCGCAAUCGCAGCAAGGUGGCAAACGGCGAGACUCUGGGCAAGGCAACGAAAACCGCAAGGAUAAGCGUAAGAACCAGAACCAGAACCAACACCAGCGCCGUGCAAGUGAUGGCAAAAAGGUCAGCGCCCAGUCUUGGUCCCCGAGCGAGCCACGAGUUACCGAGCCAAGCGCAGAGCCAGCCACAUCAGUCAAGGAGCAUUCAAGCCCCGUUAAGCAGCCCGAAUUACCACGACCCCCUUCCAGGGAUCUAGAUCUAGACAUUGAAGGCAAUAUUCCGGAAGAAGGCGAGGCGCUAGAAGACUCUCCCGAAGCGCCAGCCGACGCACCGCCAUCAGCAGUCGAAAUAGAGACAUCUCUCAAGCGCGAACGCUCCAAGUCUCCAUCAUCAGACAGAGGCGGCCGCAACCAAGCACCUAAAGACGACUCGCCACCCCGUCGCCGGCGAGACAGCCAGAGCUCCGAGCGAGCCUUGAAACGUCAGCGUGUCGAACGCUGGCGCAAGUCCGGAGAGGCUGGAGAGGCUAGUGAUGACGAAGCCCUCGACCAGGCACCCGAGCCAGGCGAGGCAAGUGACGACAGUCCCCCGCGUGCCUCUCGCCCUGUCGAGCGCCGCCCAAGCGCCAACGGCUCGGAGCGCUCUCGCUCCGCUGCAUCCACGGCCUCGUCGGAUCUCAACUCUCUAGAGGCUGAGCUCCUCGGGCGCCCUGUUCGUCGCCAAAGCUCCGGCUCGUCGGCACCAAAGACAAAGGUCGACAAUGCGGCGCCUACGCAGAGUGCUCUGCAGUCGCUGGGGCCGAUUAAGAAGAAGCGCAAGCCUACAGAUUCUGCGUACAGUCGCCGUUGGUAAACGGCCAAUGAAAACCACUUUUUUUCUUUCCUUUUUUUGGCUUCAGUUUUGAUACUUUGGGAAUAAGCAUGACUUGGCGCUAGACUUACGUAGCUGAAUAAAAUUUUAUCCUUUUUUUUCUCCCUUUCAUAGAUGUCUUUGGUAGUUGAUUGUCGCGAUGUUGCUGAAAUAAGCUUUUGAUGUGGCUGCAUGCUGCCAAGCAUUCUACAUUCAACGUCACUUGUAGAAUAGAUAGCUUGAAGAGUGCAUGUUAGAGGCGUUAACUAGAAUAAAACAGUACAUCGGUAAGAAGCGGCCGAUCAUUAAAAGUAAUAAAAAGACAGCAAGAAUAGAAAUACACUUUUACACCAGUCGUACAAGCAAAAGCAGAAUCAAAUAAUCAAGUAAUCAAAACCCAUACGCUUAAGCUCCUGAAGCCAAUUGACUUCUGUCUCGGGACGCGUAUCCCGCAACUCCCACGCUGCCUUUAACAUUUCAAUAGCAGUAAAUAGGUACCCCCAAGGGCAUAUCUUCCAGAUACGAAGCAGGCGCUCCAUGACCCAUUUACGCUUCUCUGGGUCGUUCGACUCUGCGCCAGCGAUAAAAAGUGGCCAGCUGAUUGCUUUAAAGUACGGGUCUGCGUCGUCGAUAAAGGAUAGAUGGUCAAGGAUGUCGUCGACAAGUUGCUGUGUCUCCAGAGGCCGGACGGCACGGAUAGGCGGUAGGGCUUGUAGCACGUACAGGCACGCCGAAGACCGGUAUGCUGAUGCGACGUGGAUGCGGGACUCCGUGUCUGUGAUGGCUGUUGCGGCUUGUAAGUGAGCUACCCAGCUCGGCAUGUCAUAGUUGACAGCCUGGUCAAAGAGGGCAAUAGCCUCGUCGGCGGCAGUGAGAGUCUCGUCCGUAGCGGCCUUUUCGUAGGAUAGUUGCGAGGCGACAAGGAUGGCUUGCAGGAUUUCCGGUGGACAUGCGAGGUAGAUGUUCAUUUCGACACGCUUCAUGACAGGGAGCAGUUGGACUGCAUGGCGGGCCAUGCGCGCAGCGUGAGCGCCAGAGGUGAGCGUGGAGCCGAGGAUGUGAUAGCUACGAGAGGUUAGAAUGCGUUGUAGCAGAAAGUGG